AUGACUCUGCCCAUAACAAACCCGGACCGCGUCGACGAUCUGGUAUGGACGAGCGAUGAAUGCGCAAAAUAUUAUCUUUGCGUGGACGGCGAUGUUUUUGAGUUCCAUUGUUCUCAAGACUUACUUUUCGAUGUCAAUCGACAACUGUGCGACAAACGACAUAAUGUGCAUAACUGUGAUCUUACAACCGAAACACGUGUACCAAAACCUCUACUGGACGGAGCGAGAUGCGCGAACGAUACGCACCUUGGUUGCGCCGAUGGUAGGUGCCAGCCGGCGGAAUACUUCUGUGAUGGAUCCAUAGACUGCGACGACGCUUCGGAUGAGGGUUGGUGUGACGUCCACUAUGAUCCAAAUGCAGCUGAACCGUGUGACACGAAGAUGUGUCAGUUGCCAGAUUGCUUUUGUACCAAGAACGGUACUGAAACGCCUGGAAAUCUUGUACCAAGUCAAACUCCUCAAAUGAUCACGUUGACUUUUGACGGCCCUGUAAACCAUGAGAACUGGGAGGCAUACGGGAAACAGCUGUUUACAAAUGAGAGACGCAACCCGAAUGGUUGUCCUAUUAAGGCUACUUUCUUCGUAUCACAUCUGUACACGAACUACAGACAUGUGCAGAAACUGUGGAACGAUGGACACGAAAUCGCAAUCAAUUCUAUCACACAUCGAGGUCCUGAAGAAUGGUGGUCCAAAAACGCAACGGUAGAAGACUGGUUCGACGAGAUGGUGGGCCAAGCGAAUAUAAUUAAUAGAUUUGGUAGAAUUCGCAUGGAAGAUUUCAGAGGUCUUCGAGUGCCAUAUCUAUCGGUGGGCUGGAACCGACAGUUCCUCAUGAUGCAGGAGUUUGGAUUCGUAUACGACGCCACUGUGGUAGCACCGCUAGCCGACCCACCCUACUGGCCAUACACACUCGAUUACAAAAUGCCACAUAAGUGCACAGGAAAUAAUCAAUACUGUCCCACGCGAAGUUAUGCCGGUCUGUGGGAAAUGGCCAUAAACCCGCUGGUGAAUGAUGGACAUAUCUGUGCCACGUUGGAAUACUGCCCAUCGACUCUAACUAGAGAGGAUGUCUACAAUGUUCUAGUGAACAACUUCAAGAGACAUUACUUGAAAAACAGAGCGCCUUUUGGUAUACAUAUUAGUUCUACGUGGCUGAAGAAUAAUAACUAUACCUUUGCUCUAAAGGCAUUUUUAGACGAACUGCUAAAAUUACCGGAUGUAUAUUUUGUUACGUACAAAGAAGUCAUUGACUGGAUAAAGCGACCUACUCCCGUACUCCAACUGAAGAAGUUUGAGCCAUGGCAAUGCAAACAGAAACAAUUUGAAGAUAGCGAAAUAGCAUGUAAUAAACCAAGGACAUGUAAAUUACCGUCGAAAGUAUUACAACAUGAUAAAUAUAUGAUAACUUGUACAGACUGUCCUAAAAGUUAUCCUUGGCUAAGAAACGAAUUUGGCUUUGAUUAAAUGAUCAGAUAGCAGCAUGAUUAGUGUUAGAUUAUAGGUGUGUUAGUUACCAUAAAUAAAUUUAAUUUUAAUAUUAGAACAAAAUUAUCAUCAGUAUUGAAUUUUAAUCAAUAAUUUCAGCUAUUCGGCAGUGUGCAAUAAUUUAUUUAGUAAACAAAAAAAAAAAUUUGUUGUUUACCAGAAUUGCUUCAAUGUAAAUAUUUUUUUAUGAUUAAUUCUAAGCCAAAAUAUAAAAUUCAUAUAUAAUGAAUUAAUUUGUUGUAUUUCAAUUUCCAAUAUUGAUAUAUUUUGUGUAUUUAAAAAUGUACUAUUUAUUAAGCAUGGAUUCAAUGGAUUGUAUAUUUUACUAAUGUAACAAGACUGCUAUCUAUAUUCUGUAGUUUUUCUUGACCUUGGAUGUCAUUAAAUUGCUACUCUCACAUCUACCAUUAUAAAUUUUAUUAUACUCCAUCUUAAAUAGAAUUGCAAGUGAAAUUUUUAAA